AUGGCACAGACCGUCUACACCUUUGAUGUGGACGAUAUCUCCCCCUCGAUUUCUUACUCCCCUUUCGCCGACACAUUCACCACGCCAGACCUCCUCUCGGGCUGGAAUCCGUACUUUACCGAUAGCGGUUUUGCGACCUUCCAGGGCCAGACGGGCAACGGCACGUCGCUGCACAUUUCCGCACUCAACGGAUCGUCGGUGUCGUUACAGUGGAGAGGUACUGGCAUCGAAAUCAGAGGGAAUGCUACGAACGCGGGAUACACCGUCGCGCUCGACGGUCAAGAGCCUCAGGUUCUAUCCCCGCAGGGUGAUACGCUGGCAAAACAAACCGAUCUCCCCGACGCUAACCAUACAAUCACCCUGACAAGUCUAACGACCAAUCCUAGUAUUCCUGAUUCGUUCAUCGCCUUCGAUAAAUUUAUUGUUACAUCGAUUCCCGUUAAUGAUAGUUCCAGCCUUCCAAUAAUAUCGAAACCCCUGCCAGAGCACGUCAUCAACUUCAACGGUGCUUGGUCGUUCCAAAAUAUCUCAAAUGCAGGCACGUCACAUUUAUCCAGGAAGAAAGGAGAUCGCGUAGCUACCCAAUUCAUUGGGACCGCAUUCUCUCUGCGCGGUACGACUUCACCUUCCGCCGGUCGUUUCAUCGUUAAUGUGGAUGGGACAACUACAUCCCUGUCUGGCCAAUCAUCAUUCACCAACCCCGACGCACUUCUCUAUUUCAUAUCUGGAAUGAACGCCAGCAUGACCCACGACAUACUCAUUAUGAACGAUGAAGACCGCGAUCUAACCGUCCUAUCCGAAGGAUUCAUUGUAUCAGCUUCUGGUGACACCACGCCACCAGAAAUUACUCCUACCCCAACACCCACCCCAAGCUCUGGUACCAGUACAUCGUUUCCAAGAGGCACUAUUGCUGCCUUUGCUCUAGCCGGUAUCCUUGGCUUUAUCCUCAUCACGCUUGUCUUACUCUACUUCUUCAUCUGGCGCCCACGAAGACAACGCCGCAGAUGGCAUACUCAACCAACCCCUGCUCCCCGGCCGAAGGAAUACGAAGCCUCCGAUGAUGUCCUUGACAUCGGACCCAGUGGACCCAGGGGUGAAAAUAGUGCUGGUGUAGCUGGCUUCGUCGAACGGCGUGAAUCAACUCGUGUGAUAGAGCGUUGGUGGGAGCGUGAAAACCGUCGAGGGAGUGGGGGUAGUAAGGGCCGAGAGAGCAAACGUGCCAGCGGCCCAAGGACGGGCUUCGCGAAGUGGAGGGAAGAGGUCGAACACGGCUUUGGCGGACGGGGCUUGGGCGGAUUGGGACUUGUUUUCCGGCAUUCACUCGGAGGAACGAUCAAAUCCAACGAGAAUAACCAUGGUCACCUUUCUGACGACGAAAAGAGUCCAACAAGUCCCAACACUGCUCAGGACAAAGAUGAGGAGGACCCUGACGCUGACGCUCCCCAAACUCAUCCUCCUUUCAGCGACAGCAACGGGAUCUCUGUCGUGAGCCGGAUGAUUUCGGGCAAGCAAGUGAAGACCAAGAAGAAGAAAAGCACGACAUCUAUGUCAGCUACCAAGAAGGGCGAUUCUCCUAGCUUCACUAUUGACCUUCCUCUCCCAACGCUACCCCGCAAUGGAGGUUCCUCCCGCAGCUCCCUUCCCCACACCAAUCAACCAUCACGAUUAUCCGGAUCAACACCUCAAUCAGCCCAUCUUCCUGUCCCCAGUGCGCAGCAGCGCUUGUCAUCACAUUCUCAGAGUGGCAGUACAAGUGGUAGCAACCAAGCGCAACCAGAUCGAGCGCCGACAUCGUCUGAUUCGUCGGCUGCGCUGUCGUACAUUUCGUCGCCAGUGUAUCCCGUCCCUGACCAGCCGCUUGGUACUGAUUCGUCUUCGGCUCCUUCGUCGGCUCCCGUCCCCAUGUACACGCCCAUGGCUAUAACCACCAAUGAGGUAGCGGCCUCUGGUCGCAUGUCCGUGGCGCCUAGGCCAUUGCCUAGGAUACGCCCACAGUCAGAGAUGCCUGCUUCACGCACUUUACCCAUCUCCGGGAACUCUGGAAACUCGCAACGUCUAUCCGCCAUCCGUCCCCUCCCCGUCCCAACGGCUUCCCCUUCAACAUGGACACCGCCGACUCACAUUCGUUCCGAGAGUUCAGGAUUUUUGCUCCGUGCAGGUGACCCUAAUGUAGCUUCAGCGGAAGACGAUGGGUACCAUCCGACGGAAUAUCGGACAUCAGAUAUAAGUCCUCUCAGUGGCUCUCGAGAGCAAGCCAGCACGCUUUCACCGCCUCCCAAAAUAGGAGAUAGAGGAAGUGUUAGUAGCAGCUAUGUUACGGACAUGGACGGUCUCGUGCAAGUAGAGACAACAGCUGGUCAGGCUGCCAUCCGAGGGUUGAGGCCAAGGAUUUCGCAAACGAGGCCCUUUGGAUAUCCCGAAGGACGUUCGACGCCCUCGUUGAGCAUCGAUACUAGUUUGACCCCGUCGCCCCGCCAGCGAGAGAAAGCAAAGAAGCGUGAAUCAGCCGAACCUCAGCCUGCUCUACCUGAAGUUGGCGAGACAAGUCCAUUCCGCGUCGACUUCUCCAGUGCCAUUGCUGGUGUCGGAAGAGAUGUGAAUGCUACAGCAGGACCGAGCAAGGAAGUUCGGCCUAGCUCGGCCAGUGCCUCGGUCGGGCGCUCUGGUACCACCAAGAGCAGGCAGAUUCGCGCACUUCCCCAUAUUCCUUCACUUCGACAGAAAUCCAGCUUUCGACUUACCCCACCCAGUUUCGCGCCACUCGGGUCGCCUGGAUCGGAAGCUGGGGUAUUGUCCUUCCUCGACUUUAGUGGCUCAAGGGAAGGCUCCAUCGUCACACAGUCCAAUGACAGCUCCUCCGACGGUAAACCGAAGUCAAGAUGGAGUGGGCCCAGUAUUAUAACUUCUCUUCAUCGAAGGCCGAGCGUGAAUCCGCCGCUCCCUGACAUUCCUGUCACACUCCCCGAUAAUCCGCAGGAGCGUCGAAACUCAAAACCCCGGCCCCAGUCCCAAACUCAGUCAGAGUCAUCCGGCAAAGGUUCUAAUUCAUCUAGCAACUUCCCAUUCCCUGUCUCCCUUUCGCCUCCUUCCCAGCCAUCCGGUUCUUCAAGUAAUACACGCCACCAUACACGACAGUCCUUGCCACGACCGCCCGGCGCUUCACAUGCCAACGUUCCAAGCGUGAACAUCAUCGGCAGCAGUCCUUCUGGUAGCACCCAGAAUGUCGAGACUGUGCGCCCCCACCAUCCUUCUGGCCUACCCGUUGGCGGAGAAACGAUAUCGCCUACCGAUAGUCUCCCAAUAUCAGUCUCAGACCUUCAUUUCAGACACUCAGAUUCCGAGAGCACGAGCGAUUCAUUAUCUCGCAGAGCUAGUGCAGGAUCCCAUCUCCCCCCUCAUCCACCAUUACCUUCCCAGCAGGAACUCGGCCAUGUGUCUGCCGAAUACGUCCAGAGAGUGCUAGGGCUCACGCCGCCCCAAAGCGCUACAUUUCCGAGUCACAGGAGGCAAGAAUCCGGACCUCGUUAA